GGCCUCACACGGCCUCUCCCCCGGACUCCUUGGCGGUCUGUUAGCGGGAGCUCCUCGCAACCCCGGCUUCCUCGGCUUCCCGCGGACCACGUCCACGACCAAGUAUGCGUGAGUGCAUCUCCAUCCACGUUGGCCAGGCUGGUGUCCAGAUCGGCAAUGCCUGCUGGGAGCUCUACUGCCUGGAACAUGGCAUCCAGCCUGACGGCCAGAUGCCAAGCGACAAGACCAUUGGGGGAGGGGACGACUCCUUCAACACCUUCUUCAGCGAGACGGGCGCUGGCAAGCACGUGCCCCGGGCAGUGUUCGUAGACCUGGAGCCCACGGUGAUCGAUGAGGUUCGCACUGGUACCUACCGUCAGCUCUUCCACCCUGAGCAGCUCAUCACGGGCAAGGAGGAUGCUGCCAACAACUACGCCCGUGGCCACUACACCAUCGGCAAGGAGAUCAUUGACCUUGUCUUGGACCGGAUUCGCAAGCUGGCUGACCAGUGCACGGGUCUUCAGGGCUUCUUGGUUUUCCACAGCUUUGGUGGGGGAACCGGCUCUGGCUUCACCUCCCUGCUGAUGGAGCGGCUCUCAGUUGAUUAUGGAAAGAAGUCCAAGCUGGAGUUCUCCAUUUACCCCGCCCCCCAGGUGUCCACUGCUGUGGUUGAGCCCUACAAUUCCAUCCUCACCACCCACACCACCCUGGAGCACUCUGAUUGUGCCUUCAUGGUAGACAAUGAGGCCAUCUAUGACAUCUGUCGUAGAAACCUGGACAUUGAGCGCCCAACCUACACUAACCUUAACCGCCUUAUUAGCCAGAUUGUGUCUUCCAUCACGGCCUCCCUCAGGUUUGAUGGGGCCCUGAAUGUUGACCUGACAGAGUUCCAGACCAACCUGGUACCCUAUCCUCGCAUCCACUUCCCUCUGGCCACAUAUGCCCCUGUCAUCUCUGCUGAGAAAGCCUACCAUGAGCAGCUUACAGUAGCAGAGAUCACCAAUGCCUGCUUUGAGCCAGCCAACCAGAUGGUGAAAUGUGACCCUCGCCAUGGUAAAUACAUGGCUUGCUGCCUGCUGUACCGUGGUGAUGUGGUCCCCAAAGAUGUCAAUGCUGCUAUCGCCACCAUCAAGACCAAGCGUACCAUCCAGUUUGUGGACUGGUGUCCCACUGGCUUCAAGGUUGGCAUUAAUUACCAGCCUCCCACUGUGGUGCCUGGUGGAGACCUGGCCAAGGUCCAGAGAGCUGUGUGCAUGCUGAGCAACACCACGGCCAUUGCUGAGGCCUGGGCUCGCCUGGAUCACAAGUUUGAUCUGAUGUAUGCCAAGCGGGCCUUUGUGCACUGGUAUGUGGGUGAGGGCAUGGAGGAGGGAGAGUUCUCUGAGGCCCGUGAGGACAUGGCUGCCCUGGAGAAGGAUUAUGAAGAGGUUGGGGCAGAUAGUGCUGAAGGAGAUGAUGAGGGUGAAGAAUAUUAGCCCCAUGACCUACCAUUUUACACUUCCACUGUCCUGGUGUUUGUCCGACACUAUCAAUAAAGGUGAUUGAUUUUAAGUGGGAA